CUCAUCGGAGAGGUAGAAGAUAAGGAAAGGCUUAGACUGAGAGAGUGUGGAAAUGGAGAAGUACUUUGGGAACGCUUACAGAGGAGACCCGGGGGUCCCACACGCCGACCCGGAAAGGUUUGUGAACAUAUGGAUCGGAUCCGCUGCCUUCUCUGUGCUGACCUUGUUCAAUCCCUACAUGUGGCAGCUCUCCAAUCAGUUCAAUUGGCAUGACAAGGCAAUGCUGUUUGAGCAGCAUCACUGGAAAAGGGCACUGAAGAAAGGGCAGCCCUAUCAAUUUAAGUGGAAUGAGUACAUGGACAAGGACCUCAGAGAUGCCUACUAUAUCAACUGGCCGGUUUAUUUCCCUUAGCUGUUUCUGGGCAUGCUCUUGUUAUGGCUAUUUGAACUGUUAUAUCAUUUUGCUAAGCUGAAACUGUUAUAGACUGAAGGUGAUAUGGUUUAUCAUACUUCUUUUGUACUGCAAGCUUAAAUCAAAUCUGCUCAAUUUCAGGCUUUUCCUCA